GCAGGAGGAGAAGAUGCGGAGGGAAGUUUAGUUCAGCAGCUUUUAUUUUUGUAUAGAUUGAUUUUUCAUCAUUUCAGGCGCGUGCUGUGCUCCGUUCGGCUCAGCAGGGCGGAAUAAUAAUUAUAAUAAUAAUAAUAAUAAUAACCGGGUCCGGGAAUGGCUGAGCCUUUGCUGAAGAGGACUUUAUCCAGACUCCGGGGGAAGGACAGAUCCCGGCGCAAAACCGAGCCCAGACUCAGCGAUGGACCGAGGAAGCCUGAGCUCGUCCACAGCUCUUCAUCGUCCUCGGUGACUGAAAUGGAAGAGGAUUUGACAAGACACCCCCACAUCACAGUGUCCAAAAAACAGAGCUGGGCCAAACUCUCGUCCAUCUCCCGGGACGUCGAACCGCUUUCGAGGCUGAGCUCGGUGUCUCAGGAGCGCGAAAGCUGCCCAGGCAAGACCAAGACUUCCAAGCAAACCUCUAUCAGGGAGAAUGGGUUCGAGGGGAAAUGGAAAGAUCUAUAUAAAGACGGAACCUUCUCCAGAGCUUACCAGAAGUCUGACAUGGUGGACAGUGCUGACAUGGCCAACGCAGGUCUUCCAGAGUUAGUAACGCCUCCAGUCACAGAGUACUGCACUUCUUUGGGCAUGGGUAAGUUCUCUGGGCAGGGAGUGUACCUUCAGCACCUGGAGAGGAGUAGCCGAGCUUGGGUGCUGUCCUCGGGAAAGACCCAGGCUCCGGAUGAGGCCUAUACAGCCUGUUUCACAGAGCGAAGGCAUGUGACUGAGAGUGAGAGCAACAUUUGGUACAACCCAAUCCCGGAGGAAGAGGACGCUCGGGCCAGCGGAGAGAAGCUGAAGGAGAGGGAGACAGGGAGGGAGAAGGAUGUACUCGAAGAUCCAUGGAGAAGGAGAGACGUGGAAGGAGCAUCAGAGGAGCGCAGAGAUGUUCCUCAACAACCGUGUCACCUUGAUGCUCAUUAUCUGGGGGUCGGUAGUGGCGGUGCUAGCAGUGUUAGUGAAGGUCCUAGCGGUUCAGCAAGUUCCUCUGGAGGUCCUGGGGCACAAACGAAAAUCUCAGGAGGAAUCACAAGCAGCAGCAGCAGCAUGAUGGAGAAGAUUAAAUCUCCCGGUACAGUACGGCGUCUCUCUAUGAAGAUGCGCAAGCUCCCAGAACUGCGCCGUAGGCUCAGUCUGCGCUCGUCACGGAACCAGCGGCACGUUCAAGGACAAGGGGCUGGCAGUGACGCACCAGGGGGCACCGACGAGGCCUCGCCAUCCAACGCACGUAAAGAAUCUUCCAACAACGUCAUCAGCAGGUACCAUCUGGACACCAGCGCUCCCGCCAGACCGAGGCGUCGAUCAUCACGCAUGCGUUCUGCUAGCAAAGGUGGUUAUCUUAGUGACGGCGACUCCCCUGAGCUUCUGUCCAAACAGGAUCCGAGUCAGGGUUUGACCGAGGCGUCUCAAGAGGCACAGGAGUCAGCACAAGCUCCUCCACAUCACGGGUGGCAGGAUGCAGUCGGGUCAUUCCGGCAGUACUCGCUAGCCGAACAGCCGAGGUGUGCCCAGAGAGUGUCGGGCCUCCUCACGGUGCAUCUGCUCGGUGUCGCAGAACUCGUGCGAUCUCGCACUGCUAAAGACGUCUUCUGUGCCAUCCAGGUGGAUGGAGUGACGCGAGCCCGCACCGCUUUGCUUACCUGCCAAGAGACGUCGCUCCCACUAAACCACACCUUUAACCUGGAGCUGGAGCGGGCACGCAUGCUGAAGCUGAUUGUUCUCACCCCGAGUAACGUCUUGGACGGAUCCACAGGCCCCGGUGUUCAAACACGCAACCGGGUAUGCUGCCUCGGUGCUGUAGCAAUCCCCCCUCUGUUUAAAGCCUCCCGGACUCAGCAGCUGUGUGUGAAGCUGGAGCCGAGGGGUUUGCUGUAUGUGAAGCUGACCCUGUUGGAGCAGUGGGCGGCGCCGACGCCCCGCCUCAGCGAGCUGCCUCCCCCCUCCGUGUUUGCCGUAGAGCUGCGCCACCUGGUGGAGAAAGAGGCCUGCGUUCCCAAAGUGCCUCUCAUCAUACAGAAAUGUGUGGCUGAGAUUGAAAAACGGGGACUCAAGGUUGUGGGUCUGUAUCGUCUCUGUGGCUCUGCGGCUGUUAAGAAGGAGCUACGUGAUGCGUUUGAGAAGGACAGUGCGGCUGUCGCACUUGAUGAAGAGCUGUACCCUGACAUCAAUGUCAUUACAGGUAUUCUGAAGGAUUAUCUGCGUGAGCUGCCAUCACCGCUCAUCACACGGACUCUGUACGAGGUGGUCCUGGAGGCCAUGUGUGUGAGACCAGCGAGCAGGAAUGACGACACACACAGAUCACACAACACCGUCACCCUGCUGCAGUGUUUACCUGAACCAGAGCGGGCCACACUCUCUCUCCUGUUGGAUCAUCUGAGUCUGGUGGCCUCCUUCAGCGACUGUAAUCUGAUGACAUGUCAGAACCUUGCUGUGUGUUUCGGUCCUGUUCUGCUCACUCCAACGCAGGACUCCUGGAAAGGGGCGGGGCCUGCCAUUUUCCCAUCAGCCCCUGCAGGACCCGGAAGCAGCCUGGCAGGAAGAAGCUUCACACAGCAGAGCAUGGAGAUGGCCAGCGCUGUGGACUUCAAGCGGCACAUCGAGGCUCUGCACUAUCUGCUGCAGCUCUGGCCGAUUCCAACAGGAAGAGGGACGGAUCAAACACCCUACCGUUCAGAGGAUGAAGAGGCUCCUCCUCCUUCCUCCCAGAAUUCCCUGCAGCGUUAUCCUCAUCGCCCAUCAUUACGCGUGGAGCUGCCGUUACCACAGGACGUAGCGGUGGUGUCACGCAGGGGGCGGGGCCGUCUGGAAAGCCCACCCUGUAAUCGCUAUGCUGGCGACUGGAGCGUGUGUGGGCGGGACUUCCUGACCAACGACGAUGCUGAUUACGACGAGGUGGCAGGCAGCGAGAGCGACGAGGAAGAGGAGAAGAAGAAGGACUGGGCGUACACGGACGAUUUUGCGCUGGACUUUGACGCGCCGUUUACAUGCAGACUGAGUCUGAAAGACUUUGAUAAUCUAAUUUCAGAUCUGGAGCGUGAACUCGCCAAACAGAUCAACAUCUGCCUCUGAGCACCGCCUCCAUCUAAACCCUGCGUCUGCACUGCAUUGAAGUCAUUCAACAGGAAAUGGAGUUAAAUAUGCGCCAUAUAGAAAGCAACAGUUAGCUCAGACGGUGUUGAUCAGCCAAGACAUGAUGUGCCUCGAAACAUGGAGUGCGCUUAUUUUUUAAAUUUUUUAAAACGAUUGGCUUCAGUUUAGUGCUGUGACAAAUCGUCAAACCAAAUCAAAAAGCUCACAUUGCAAUAAUCUCAGACACGUAUGCUUUUUUUUUUUGACACUUUACAGCACACUGAGGUCCUUUUCGUCAAUUUUUAAAGACAGCACAGAGCUAAAAACGGUCGUCGCAGCAGCCAUCUUGAAAUCCUUCUUCAGCACAUAAUUUGGUAUCAACAAAACCAUUAGACCCUACCAAAAAAAAUGGAAGACUUAAUGCUACUUUUGGAUGACUUGGAUGAUAAGCUGCAUUUUUGUUGUUUUUUUUGAACAUUUUAUGAAAUUUGAAUAUUAUCAAGGCAAACAUUUGAAAUAAUAUUGGCUUCCUUUUUUUUUUUGGUGGUAUGUCAGAUAUAUUCCAUUCAGCUAGCAUGAUAUUGAACGAGUUGAAGAUGAGUAGCUGAAUGGAAUAUAUCUGAUAUACCAGAAAAAAAGCCAGCCAGUAUUAUUAUUAUUAUUAUUAUUAUUAUACAUUCCUUUCGGGCGUUCAACACGUCUUUUCUCUUUCAAAAUUCUCUCAGAAUCUUCCGUAUUUAACAAACCAAACCUGGUGGCCAUUUUGUUUAUAAAUUGUCCCAGUCGCUCCCUCGCUAGUGCGGAAGUUUUACGUCUCUGUUGUGUGACGUCAUGUCUUGACAACCAUGCAAUAUCGUAAACCAUAUUCAACCCUCAUUCUCCAUUGGGUAGAGUGACGUAAUAUACAGUACGUAGGAUAAGCAAUAUGCUAACAAUAUUGCAUGCUAUCAAACCAAAAAUGAAUGAAAGCCGGCAGAAGGGAAUAGAACACAUUUUUAUUCCGUCAAAAAAAGUGUCCUGUAUGUGUAAUAAUUAGGCAUGCAGUCUGCACAGUGCUAAACUGGAGGCUGUAAGUUUCCUGUUCCAGAAGAGAAAAGAAAGCAAGCUUCAGACACAUUUUCAUGUCUUGGCUGAUUGGAGCAAGUACAUAAUUAAAGACCUGUUGCUGGAAAAGUGCACCGUAGAACGUACAGGCGUUCACGUGGGCGGUUUAAUGAUGAACGUUGACGACAAGCAGGUUCUUCUGCUUUAGUAAAGUGUGAAGUUAUAUUUAAUAGAGUACCCAGACAGAGGUAGGUGUGUGUGGGGUUGGGUUGGGGGGCAAGUCAAAUCCUGCAGAGUCUCAGAAGCACAAAGUUUAGGUUUCAUUCCCAACACAAUACAACAUCUAAAGUUCAUCUAAAAAGAACCGAGUAUCAACUCCUUGUCGUCGGGAUUCCUCUGAUAACUUCUGGUCUGAUGUCAUUGUCAUCGCAAUAAUCCUCAAAAUCAUAGUGAUGCACCCCAGCUGCUUAAAACAACACCAUCAUUUCUACAUAUAAGGUCAGGAUUCACUCACACUGCAUUAUUGACUGCAGUUAGUACACUUUUUUUUCCCCCUCUCUCCACCAUUUAUUAUACGUACGUUUCCUGGGGAGUUUCCGAGCGGUUUGAAGUGAAGUUAUGGCAUGUCACGAACACAGCGCUUGCUAGAAGGCACAAUCCUGUCUCACAGUCCAAAUUACUAGCUCUGUUUAAGCAGGAAACAUUCAGUGAUUCUUCCGUUCGGAAAUGACUACCUUCAGGUAGUAUGAGAGCAUCGUAACAUUAUUAAUACUCAAAGAUUAUGUGGAUGUUUGCACAUCCACUGUUCCCUUUAGGAGGCAGCUGAUUAGACAGGUUUCCGUUUGGAAAGCUAAUUACUAAGGUUAAGAUCUUUUAGUCAAAUUUGUAGGCUUGAUCACAUUUUUUCCUUUUACUGGAUUGUCAUGAAAGGCAAAACAUUUAAUUGACGAGUUAACUUGAGUAGACUGAUGAGAUUGUGCCAGCUCAUAAAGCGAAGUGCCUUGCACGGUAAGGUGAGACAAGCGAUGUCAUGCCCCCAUCGUGUUGUCUCUCUGGACCUCCAGACCUGAUGCCAAGUGGUGCACAGAAGUGCCACAGACCUGACGGGUAUGGAACUUGCCCCGCACCGACACUUGACUUGCCGAGUGAGUGAUGCCAUCCGUUGGCCAUUUGAGUGGCUCUUCCACAUGCCACUUCCACAUGCCACAUGCCACAUGGUGGUGUGCCAUUGACCCUGUUGGGUUUAUCUGCCACAUCGCACCAAAAAGCGCCCUGCUGCCUGUGCCUUAUUGGUGAUGUACUAUUUAACCCAUAGCUGGAACCCAGGCAGGUGCUACCACUCCGGGUCAGAGCGGACCUGGGAGUAAUGGUGAUUAAGGUGUAAACUCCACUUUCCCCAGUACUCAAGUCCUCCCGGACCUGAGACUCACCACCGGUUGCAGUUUAAAGUCAUACCCAGGACCAGGAGGUUGUGUCACUGGAAUAACAAGUGGCACAUUCCAGUUUGAAGUGUUUUCUUUCUAUUAUACUAGAAAAAAUUGCCAACACUAACAAUUUGUCGCUAUUAAAGAACAUACAGUAAAUAUAUCCACGCAUAGGUACAGUUAGUUUUGAGAAGCAUCCAAGAGUCAAGUUAGUUCCUGUUAUCAAUUACAUUAUAGCAGCUAUAAACGGUCAUUCCUUCACCAGCCCCUUUCUCUUUCUAUCUUGGAGUGAGACAGAAAACGCAUCUUAUCCUGUGAACAAGAAACCUAGUCAGAAAAUGAGCAUGUUAAUAUAAACGUCUAAGCGCUGUGGUAUGAAACCAAAAUACGAAACGUUAGACGAAUGUUCAGUCUGUCGUUUUAGCAUGGUGGUCACCAUUAAAAAUGAUCUCUUAAUUUUUUCUAUAUCUGUAUGUGUCAGAGGGCAGACAGCGUUUUCCUCCGAGUGUGUUCCUCAGCCUUGUACCACAGCACGGUUGAGUUCACAAAUCUGAUUGUUUGGUCAGAAGAUGUGCUUAUUUUUGUAUACCAGCACCACUUGGACAGUCGUUUGCAAUAAGUUGAGGUCACUGCGCCUGUUCAAAUACAUUGUUUCUAUAGUCACCGCUUUCCUCGGAGUGUGAUGGACACAGCCCCAUAGAGGCUUUGCACCGUCAUGUGACCCCUAUAGCAACGGUAACUAUGCCACCAUGACAGGAGGCAGCUUGUAGUGCUUCAUUCAGAUGAGUUAGUUGUUAUUGAUCAGUAUGGGAAGGUUUUGCAUCAUUUUUGGAUGUGCAGAUCGUUCUGAAUGAAACACAGACAUCAGAUUUUUUUUAAUUUACCCAAAGUAAUUCAUCAGGGGGAAAAAAACUAGAGAGGUUUCUAAACGUAGACGGGAAAAAAACAUUUAGUGGGACUCUGUGUUGAACGGA